AGGAAGUGCCUGGUUUUGGAUGUCCGGUGACCCUAAGGAAAUCACCCAAUGGUUAGAAAGCUCACACCAGUCCAGGUCUUGGGGGUAGCGUGUCCACUAUGGACCCUUCCACAUGGCGACCUCUUGUGGAGACCAUCAUACCUUCCUCUGCUUUACAUAUGUUCUGCUCCUCAAGAAGAGAAGCAGGGCCCUCCACAGCACAGCUGGGGCUCUAGAGAUGGUUUUUAAUCCACUCCACAUGUUUGGAGAGACUGAACUAUGCUACAGGGACUCUGAUGUUACCCCAUAGUGACCCUUGGCAGUUUAAUUGCCUGAGCACAUACCAACAAUGUCAUCAUCCGUGUUGCCAGAGUUAUGGACAGUAGUUUGUGCUUCUCAGUAUAGUGUGAACCUCACUGUGAACCCAUGCUUCCUGGUAUGCAAAUGUUUUCAAAGCAGUGACUUAAUUCAAUGUCAGCCUAGUCAGUCUAGCCCUGGACCGUCCCGGCCACCAGCCUCUCCUUUUUAAACCCAGGUGGAUCUGGAUGUGUCUGAUUUGCAAAAGGCAAAUCAGACGUGCCUUGCUUGACUGCAAUAGGGCGACUAGAUAAAUAGCGAUAAGGAUAGCGUUAGCAAUGAGCCUGGUAAACAGCUUGGUGGAAACAAACAUCUUUUUCCACCAGGCUGUCAGGAAGCUCAACUCUCUCCCCUCUCUCCCUUCCCUCCCCUCUGCCCACACAUACUCUGGACUAUGAAACCCCCUCCCACUUGCCCCCAAGAACUCUGGACUUUGAACCUAUAAUGUUCCUCAUGUUGCACAUUUCAAUUUUUUUUUACUUUAUCUUAUAUAUUCCGCUUGGUUUUGCCUUACCUUUUGCACUAUUCAGAAUGUAUUUAUUAUAUUGUUUCUUAUUUUAUUUUACCUAUUUUUUUUUACUUUUCUUCUUAUUGCAAUGUGGGACGGAGAUAACGCAAUUUCAAUCCUCUGUUUGCCUGGCACAUAAUUUUGGAAUUUAAAAUAAAGCUGACUUUGACUUCAACUUUGAUCUGCUGAAGGGCAAGUCAUUGUAGAUGGCUAGCUCCACCGACCUUGUAAUCCUUACCAGCUGAGAAAUGAUGUCAUAUUCAAAUCGUAUCUAUCAUCUUUCCUGUCUUGCCGUAACCAUAGACCAUAGAGUUUGGGCCUUCCCCCGCCCUCUCACGGAACCAUAGCGGGGGUUUGAGCAUUAUAUUCUGCUCUUGGAUGCAGAUGCUUCAUUCAUCCCAGAAGAACCUCCUGACUCUGCAGAACCAUGGGGUACAGUAGGCUCGUCUUCAGUGUCAUUGGUCUGGUUGUCCACCUGUGGGACUUUUCAGCUGCAACCCGCAUUAACUUGGCAUUAAGCGGCACAGCCCUUCAGUCUUCAACCGCCCAGGGUGGGGAGGCUGAACGCGCCAUAGAUGGGAACAGCUCCCCCGAAUAUGCUCACCAAAGCUGCACCCAUACGCAAGAGGAAAAACCGUGGUGGAGGCUCCAGCUGCCCGGUGUGUACAGGGUGUCGGAGAUCGAGGUCACUAAUAGGAAUGAAAGUAGAAAUAGGCUCAACGGCGUGGAAAUACUCAUCGGGAAUUCACUGGUGAACAACGGCAACGACAACCCAAGGUGUGCCAUCAUAUAUGAUGUCCCAGGCAGUAUAACUCAGACUGUCCAGUGCAGGGGAAUGGAAGGAAGGUUUAUCAACUUCUACCUGUCCUGUGCAACUGCAGAGGUUAUCAGCUUGUGCGAGGUCAAGGUGUAUGGAGAGUUGUUGCCUCCCCCACCAUCUAUCACCAUUCAGGCAGAGGAGAGGAAUGUCACACUGGUGGGGAAGCGGCUGUGCUGGUCAGACGCCCUGUUCUACUGCAGAGCCUACUACUCAGACUUGCUGAGCAUCAGGGGUCCAGAAGACCAGGAGAUGGUUGAUGAGCUGGUGGCUAGCGCCCCCUUUCCACUAACCAGCCAACUCUGGGUGGGCCUGCGCAGGUCGAUUACAGGGACCUGGUUCUGGAUGUCACGUGACCCAAUGGACUUCACCCAAUGGGACAUAGUCUCACCGCAUUCCAGCCCCUGUGGGGGCGUUUCCAGUUUGGAACCUUCCACAUGGAGGCAAAGCUCUUGUGAAGAACAUCUUGAUUUCAUCUGCGUUACAGGUCCGACAGAGGGAGUGAACAAGGUGCACUUCUACAGUUCCACAAGAGAGAAACAAACUCAAUGUGUAUAGUUUGUCCUCCCUGGGGAAUACCGCUCCUGAUUCCCAAGUAGUCCUAAGUAGUGAACUUUCUGAAUGCUAUAGCUUAGAGCUUGUCUGUGGUAGUUCUACUUUUUGUUAAAAUUAGCAUUGUUUACAAACUCUCAUAAGAUGUCUAUCCUUGGUAGUGCCGUAAUAGCUUGAUAUUGUUACAAUGAAAAAUAACAGCCCUCAUUUUGUGCUAGCAUAGCGUAGGAUACAUUUACUUUAGUAUAUAAUCAAUUCACUUCAUUUUAAGCAGAGGGAGUUUUGACAUUGAUCUUUCAGUUGAAAUGUUGAGAUGAGUACAGGAAGAUAUCAAAGGACAAUAAAAAUUGCUUUUAUUAUGGAAGUAAAUCUGUGUCAUCGUAUUUUGAAAAUAAAAAGCCAUUCAAUUUUAAGCAUAAAUAUUUAUGCAUU